GGUUCUGGGUCCUUCUCGGCGGUUGUCCGCGGGCUCUCCACUCCGGUCGAAUAGACUUUCCGCCAUUGGCAUCACAUUGAGACGCUGCAUCUUUCAUUCUCGGACCGGGCGAUUCUGUCUGCUGCAACCGAGCUUUGGCCGAAAGGUGGGACUUCUACAUCUUUACAGAACAGGAUAUUUUCUGUGUCCUUCCCUGCUCUGCUCAUGCCUACCACAGGAAUAGGACUUCUAAUAACUUGCUGAGAGAAUUAAAGAAUAAGGCUGACCUGAAAUAAACUUCCAGUACCUACAGUAAAUGAAAUAGAAGAGGACUCCAUAUAACCCUGUAUUAAGAGGAAUGGAGAUUGCCUCUGUCCACUUAGAUUCAUAAGCUGUCCCGAAGUGAUCUUGGCAUCAGGGAAGGGAGUGUUCAGGCACAUUCACUCACCAUCAGCAUCACGGGAUGGCAGCCAUUGAUUUGUCCCAUGGCCUUCUUUCUAGAGAGCCUAUUUACAUCUAUGAAGAAAACACAGAAGUAGAAGGGACAGUGACUGACAACCAGGCAAAUUGUUACCAGGAUUUGGUGACCUUCGAUGAUGUGACUGUGGAGUUUACCCCAGAUGAGUGGACUUUACUGGACCUGACUCAGAGAAACCUAUACAGAGAGGUGAUGCUGGAGAACUACGAAAAUUUGACCUCAGUAGGAUGUCAGUUCUUCAUUCCUAGUCUGACACCCUGGUUAAAACAAGAAGAGUUGGAGACGAUGGAAAGCACAGUUCCUCAACAAUUGGAAUUACAACCUAGAAUUGAUGAUUCAGAGCUUCAGAAUUAUUUUAAGAUGCAAAGUUCCAGUGAACUAGAAAUGGUGGGUGAUUCAUCCCUUCCUCAACAGUCAGGAAACCACAAUGAAGAGGACCUUUGUGACUCUAAGCCAGGUGGAGAAGUGUUGGGUGAACAAUUAUGCCUUAACACAGAGGUGAGCAUGCAAAGCCAAGGAUACAGUUCUGAGUGUAAUUGGUAUGGAAAAGACAUUCUUUCUUUGCUCAAGGAAACCUCUACUGGACAGAAUGUUUCUGAACUUAAUCAGUGUGGAAAAAUCUUCAGUCUGACUCCAAACAUCAUGUACCCAAGCACUAGCACAAAUGAGAAACCCUUUGAAUGCACAGACUAUGAGACGGUCUUUUUUAAUCAGUCAUACUUUCAGACAGAUAUGAGGCCUCACAAUGGAGGAGAACCCUAUGACUGGAAUAAAUAUGGAAAUGGUUUUAUUCAUCCCACUAGCUUUGCUAUGCAUCUUCCAAUUCUCAAUGCAAGAAGCCCCUAUAAAUUUGAGGAAUGUGGAAAGGACUUUCAGUAUUUUGCAUGCCUUAAUAAUCCCAUGGGAAUGUGCACUGGAGAAAAAUUUUGUGACUGCAAGGAAUGUUGGAAAGCCUUCACGGUUUCCUCACACCUAACACAAUAUGUAUCAAUUCAUACUGAAGAAAAAUCCAAAGUGUGUAAGAUAUGUGGGAAGUCCUUUGCUAAUUUUUCUCGACUUUCUGCACAUGUAAAAACUCAUAAUGAAGAAAAGCCCUUUGUAUGCAAGGAGUGUGGAAAGGCCUUUAAAAAUGUUUCAUACCUUAAUGAUCAUGUUAGAAUUCACACUGGAAUAAAAUCAUACAAAUGUAUGGAAUGUGGGAAAGCCUUCCUUCGAUGGUCAGGCCUUACUGAACACAUUAGAGUUCACACUGGGGAAAAGCCUUACGAAUGUAAGGAAUGUGGAAAAACCUUUUCUAGAUCUACUCAGCUUACUGAACAUAUAAGAACACACACUGGAAUCAAACCUUAUGAAUGUAAGGAGUGUGGGAAAGCCUUCACUCAGUACUCAGGUCUUGCCACACAUGUACGAAUUCAUAGUGGAGAGAAGCCUUUUGAAUGUAAGGAAUGUGGGAAGGCCUUUACCAGGACCUCUGGUCUGAUUCAUCAUGUGAGAACUCACACAGGAGAGAAGCCUUUUGAAUGUGUUCAUUGUGGGAAAACCUUCAUAACUUCCUCCCAUCGCACAAAACAUCUAAAAAUUCACAGUGGCGAAAAGCCCUUUGUGUGUAAUAUAUGUGGGAAAGCAUUUAUAUAUUCCACAUCUCUUAACAUUCACAUGCGAACCCAUACUGGAGAGAAGCCCUAUAUAUGUAAGCAAUGUGGGAAAGCAUUCGCUGUUUACUCACGUCUAAGGAAACAUAGCAGAGUUCACACUGAAGAAAAACCCUAUCAGUGUGAGGGUAUGGGUGUUGCUAUUUAGCCCAUCUGUUGCCACCUUUAAAUAUUGACAGUGACACCAAAGAUCAUCAGAUUAGUCUUAACUGCUUUGUGUGGGUUAUAACAUCUCACACUGGCCUUAUAGACACCAUCCUAAUUUUAUGAAAUAGGAUAAUUUAGAUGCCCCCUCAAACUUUUCUUCUUUUGGGCAAUGCUGAGGAUUGACCUAGAACAUUAUACAUGCUAGGCAAGCACUCAAAUCAUUGAGCUGCAUCCCUGGAACCUUUUUAUGGAUGUUUGAAUCUGAGCAUUUAUGGGUCAUAAAUGAGGCCAUUAUAUUUCUAAAUGUUAUGAAAUAAUGAAACAGAUUUGAUCUUUUUGUUUGUUAGUGGCUGCCAGUGUGUCUUGUUAAUAUGAAAAUUUACCACAAGCCAAAUGAAUAUAGGACAUGGGUAACUACUCUGACCCCAUUGAUUCCGAUGAGCAUACCAAGAAACAGUCCUUAUCUGUUCUUACUAGCUAUUCUAUUUAUAGAUGUUCCUGUGGUCCUAUAAAUAAAUUCAAAUUCAAAAAGUCCACCUUUUGGAUCUAUUUUGAAUUGAAGUGGCAGUAACUAAUCCAAUGUCUAUUCCUCAAUUUGGUUGAGAUUGAUGAUCUGAGGAUUGAACUGAGGGCUAGGUAAGUACUCUGCCACUAAGCUAUAUCCCUAGCUGGCUCUUAGUAUAAAUCUCUCAGUUAUUGUAAGUGUGGAUCAGCUGAGAGUUUUUCAAGGUACAGUUCUCUUAUGAUUAACAAUUCUUUCUUAGUUUCAGUGUCUCCCCUUUCAUAUUUUACUAACGGCACUCAGGAGGAACCAAGUUGCUCCUUGUGAACACUUUAGUUACAGCUCUCAUAUAAAUGUCCUGUUUUAUCACUUUCAAGUUCUAACUUCCACGCAAAAUGCAAGAAUAUAGUUCUGCAAGGUUCAUGACCAUUACAUUAUCACCGAUUAGUUUUUUCUUCAUGUUCUAGUAACAUGUUUUUCCUUCCUAAGUGAGUCCUCAUCAGAAUAGUCUCUACCUAUCACUCAGUUUCAAAGCUCCUUGGAUUUUUUUUUUUUAAACUGCAAUGCUCCAUACCACAAAACACCAUAGACAGCACUGGCAAAAUGGCUUAGAAGGUAAAGGUGCUUUACCUGGUUUAAAUCAAAUCAGGAACUGAGUUCUAUUCCAGAGAUGUACAAAGUAAAAGGAGAGAAUGGACUGCUAUAAGUUGUCCUCUACUUAUACAUGAAUACCACAGCUUGAACACAUACUUAUGUACACAAUAAAUAUAACACAAAACCAACAUAAACCAAGUUGCUUAAAAUUCACUUUAAAAGAAAUGAAAUUUUAGUUUAGCAUAGUAUUAGGUUCCAUUAUGACAUUUUGGAUAAAAUCUUAGGGCUGUGGGUUUAGCUCAGUGAUUAUAGUCCUUGCCUAGCAUAUGCAAAGUUUUUAUCUCUAGCCCUGGACACAUAAUAUACAGCAAUUUAUUUUCUCAUACAAGGAAGACAGCAUGGGAGCUAGUUAAAUGGUUCAGGGGGAAAGCUUUUGCCAUGCAAACAUGAGGACCAGAAUUUGGAUUCCCCAGAACCCAUCUAAGUGCCAGGUGGGCAUGGAGGCCCACCUGUAUUCCCAAUGCUUGUAAGCAUUAUAAAGCAAGAUGGGAAUCCUCAGGUGAUUCGGGUAACUAGGUUACUUGAAUCUAUGAGCUCCGAGUUCAGCAAGAGAUGCUGACUGCUUCAUGGAAAUUGAUUGGGCACACUUGACAUUAUCUUUUGGCUUCACAUGCCACAAGCAAAUGUGUGAACAUACCAGCAUGCACAUACACACACAUUAACAAAAAUCAGCAGACUUUUCAAAUGACCAAGGCUGGAAAUGAGGUUUUUUUUUCCCUCUUCUGAUAAAAAUCACAGCCUUGUUGGGUGAGGUUAUGGUCCUCGACUAUCAAAUGAAAUUCUAAAGACUUUAUCUGGACAAUCAUGCCAUGGUUUAGAUUUAACCUGAAUUUGAGAGGGUCAUCAGUACAAUAUUUACAUACAGAUUCUUUUGGUUUCUCAGACAGGUAGUCGGAAAUAUAGAUAAUGAUGCUAUUUUUUUCUACUUUAGUGGUUUCUUUACAGAAAUGAAUAUGAUGUCUAGCACAACAGUGAAAGUAGUAAAAGCAUAUUUUUCUUUAGAAUUAUAAUGAGGUAUUAUACUGAUUUGCUUAUUAGAUAGUUUUUUUUUUAACAUCUGGAUUUUGCUUAUUGAUUUUAUAGUAUCUCUUUAAUUAUAAAGUAAAAUUCCUCUUAGAUUCAUUAAUUGUUUUCCUUAUAUCUAUGAUGACCAUACUCAUUUGCUGGUAAGACUCAAGUACCUAGGACUUCCUUGGUCCAUAAUACCUAAUAAAUACUGGAAUGAGUAAAAGGAUGCUAAAAUAAAGCAGUCAUUUAUUAAUGAUGAUUAUAUAUUAGUUGUCUGAUGUUAACCUUAAAUUCAUAGAUAUAUUCAACUUGGACAUUAAGGAUCAUUUUUGUUUUGUGUGAUUGCUGGGGAUCAAACAAUCCCAGGAGUACAAAAGCACUCUACUCUGAACUACAAUUUUGAGCCAAAUGGAUCAUUUUUAGUAUUUAGUGUUGGUUAUUUUUACUCACAUAACGAUUUUCAUAGAUAUUCUUGAGUAAAAUUGGCAUAUUUCUUAUGCAAGAAAUAAUGGUGUAUGGGGAUAAGUAGAGUGCCUCUUUAGCAGUGUACAAGACCCUGGUUUCAAUCCUCAGUACCACCAAAACAAAAUUUUAAAAUGAAUUAACUGGUUUUUAGCUGUAGAUUAGAACAGUAUCAUAUACUACAGUGAAGUGUAUUCUUCACUAAAUUCUUAACCUGUUCAGUUAUCCUGAUCCAGAAUAAUUGGCAUACUGUUUGGGGUACCUGUUUUCUAUCAUCUUAAACUGUUUGGUAUCUUUUAUGUUUAUAGAACACGUAAUAUUUACAAUAUCAUUUAAAAUUUUUGAGUAUAUUUUUCUAGGCAUGCUUUCAUUUUCACAUGUGAAACAAAAUUUAUUUUUUCUUAUAUUCCCAAUAUUUCCUGGUUGUAUAAUUAAGUUUACUUUAGGCCUGUCUUGCAUUCUGCAAUUAUUUCUCCUUGUAUUUACAUUGAGUUUAUCUUGAAAGUAUCUGGUAUUGUUUUGGAGGGUGUCUAUCUCUAAAGCAGAGUGUGUUGCCACAUACUGUAAUCUUAGGGAUUGGAACCCAAGGCAGGAGGGUCACAGAUUUAAGGGUAGCCUGAGACUGGGCUACUUUGUGAGAAACUGUCUUAAGACAAAAA